GUUUUCUCGAAGUUGGACGCGCGCCGGAGGAAAGUUAAUGACGUAACUAUCGGUGACCUUGCCAUUUCAGAAGAUGCGACGGCGAAGCUCUUGAGAAAGAGAAGGAGACCUCCAGCCAUCUCGAUCUUCUUUCCGUUGAUGAAAGUAUCGACGUUGGAUGACUUACGAUGGGGCGGCGACAAAGGAUAUAAGCAUCUGUGGGCGAUAGCUAGAAAUUAUGCAAUAAAGGACCUUUCCUUCUGCUGUUGGCAAGGCAUUAUAUGCCGGGUUACAACCUUAAAUUCCAGAUUAUUGUCUUUGCUGCCGUCGUUGCUGUUGCCAUCGCAAGACCUCCUCUCUCUAAUGAGACGGUAGACAACAGUCAGACGGUGGUCGUGAAGGAGACGCCUCUGGACAACAUCGGCAUUGACGGAUAUAAUUUUGGUUAUGAGCUCUCCAACGGUCAGGCCCAUCAGGAAUCUGCCCAGGUGCUGAACGCUGGACAGGAGAAUGAGAGCCUUGCUGUCCGUGGUAGCUUCACCUACGUCGAUCCGGUUACCAACGUUAGAUACACCGUCAACUACAUCGCCGAUGAGAAUGGAUUCCAGCCCCAGGGCGAGCACUUGCCCUCUGUCUAAAUCUUAACGACGAUCCUAGCUGCAAAAAUCAUAAUCGAAUUCUUUCACGAUUCAAUCUCGUCUCUAUGCUCGAAGAGCAUAUUUGAAUUUCCUCUUUCGAUUUCUUCGAUUGUAACAAUCUCGCGCGACACAGAUUUAGUUUUAAAAUAAAUUCAUUUUUAUAUAAUUCUCGUCCAAGAUUUAUUUACAAUUCUUCCAUUUCCGAUAUAUUAUCCCUAUUUUAUUAAUAAAUAAGUAACGUUCUCGACAAAAGAAAGAACGAAACAAGUUAAUAAAUGUUUGACUGAAACAAAUCGUCUUUAAUUGAUCUGAUCAAUUUACUCAACAAAUUAUGCAAUACAUUGUACAGACAUAUGUUACAUAAUUUUUAAUAUAUUUGUACCUUUUAUAAAUAAAUAAAAAUAUAUGAAUG